AUGCUUUUCCCAUCCUCUGCAGCUUUGACCAUUGCUGCUGCUCUUCCCCCUUUAAGAUCUUCUAUUAUCGCCUGUCCGCCUUGUUUUGCAUGUUCGGACGUUAGUUCGCGGUUGCCUUUCAUGCGAUUCCACGCUGGCGUAUCGGCUCGAUUGUUUCUGGAGCAAACGUCUCUUGGUGAUUUUCGAACUUUUAGCUUUCAUAGCGCAAGCGUGAAGAUGUUGAAUGAGCCGAUCGUAUUCUUCGUGGGUGUUAUCGACAACGGCAUCUUUCUAACAGCCGACUCAUGA